AAGCACUUCCGCCCAAGCUGUUUCCAUGGCAAUCAGACAUGGCGCCUGGGAGCCAACCAAUCCUUUCGUCCACUCCCCUGCAGGUCCUCUUCUACCUGAACUGCUGGUACUUUGCUGCCUUCUACCUGGCGGAGGUCCUGAUGUUCAUUUACAAAGGAAUCUUACUUCCCUAUCCGUCGGAUAACCUGGUUCUGGAUGUGGUUCUGCUGGGGCUCUUCCUCGGCUUAGAGACGCUCAGGAUCUUCUACGGGUGGAAGGGGAACCUGUGCGAGCGCUCCAUGGCCUCGUGCACGGCGCUCCUGGUCCUGCUGCCCUGCGCCGCGCUGGCCGUCUACUUCCUGCUGCUGCAGACCUUCGUCCUGCGGCUGGAGUUCAUCCUCAGCGCCGUGCUGCUCUGCUUCUACGGCCUGGAGCUGCUGCUCGGACUGCUCUCCAUAUCCACCUUCUCCAGUUUUCAUUUUCUCCUUGAAGGUCCAAAGUGUACUGAAGCACGAAGGAGUCAAACUUUCUUCAGAUAACACUUUGUAAAUGAAAUGUAUAGUUUACCGUUAAAAUGUAAAUUGGUUGCUUUUAUACAAACUGUUUGUACUAAUAAUUGAUCACACCACAUUCUUUACAAAUUGCUGUGAUAAUAAAGUUAUGUAAAUAAGA